AUGUAUUAUACACGAUCAACAGUUCAAGAUAAUAUUCAAGAUGUCAAAUAUUGUCGUCAACUAAAUGAAAGUCAAGUAUUACAUCGUGAUUUCAAUCAAUCGUGUCAUAAAAGUGGUAUAUUAUGGUCAUUUAAAGAAUUAUCUCUUCUCAAAGUAUCAACAUCAGAUGUUUUGCAAUGGAGUGCAAGCAUGGAACAAGCUGAUCGUUAUUCUGAAUAUUUAUCCAAUAGUUCACUUGAUACUGCAAAUCAAUAUAUAUGUAACUGUACGAAUUUAGCUUCAUUUGGUAAAUUUUGCGAAUAUGAGUUUUAUGGUAACACUACUUCUUUCAAUGAUGCAAUGGAAAAUCAAUUCAAACCAUUUAAAGAUAAGAACACGUAUUUUGACAACAGAUUCCUUGGUAGUCAACUUCAUAACAAUCGGCCAUGUUAUACAACAUGGAUAUGUGAUUCCGGAUUAAUGUGCCUAGAUUGGAGACAUAUUUGUGAUGGUAAACAACAAUGUAUGGAUGGUUUGGAUGAAGAUUAUUGCGAGACGUUAGAAUUCAAUGAAUGUGAAGAUGAUGAAUAUAGAUGUACAAAUGGAAUGUGUAUUCCAGAACAAUAUUGGCUAGAUGGUGAUUAUGAUUGUAUGGAUUGGACAGAUGAGAUGAAUAUUAUUGUUGAGUCAGGAGAAAACUGUAUUGAUAAGUCUUCAUAUGUUUGUGAUGAACAUUUGUGUCCUUAUAAUCAAUGGCCAUGCGGUGAUGGGCAGUGUGUGAAUGAUGAAACUGAUCGACAUGAUGGUCUUCGAUUUAAUGAGAAUGCAUUUUGUAGAAACAUGAGAGAUGCCAACUACAUGUGUGAAGCAGUGACACGAGACAACAAAUUGUGGUGGACAAUUGAUGGCGGAUAUUGUUUACCAUAUUCACUUCCCUAUCAAACCUUAAGUCUUGACACAACAGCCAUCACUAAUAAAUGUGGAUUCUUGGUGAAAUGUUCAUUAAGUAAUAGUCUUGACCAAGAUUGCGAAUGUAACAGCACUGUUGCAUGUCGUAAAAUGGUUAAUGGCUCAUGCUCAGAGUCGUAUUUACCCUAUCCACACUCAGGCUUUCUCAUUUCUGGUUACAUUGGUAUGAUGUAUGAGCGUGAUCGUGAUUGGGCAAAAAAAGAACCUGACAGACUUUUGUACAGAGGGCGAAUGAAAUGCAUCGGCUAUCAGUUAAUAACUAAAGGUAUUCGACGUUUUACCAACAAUGGACCAUUUAAAUUCUAUCGAUAUCGAUUAUCAGAAAGACGUCUUUGUAAUAUGCAGGAGGAAGUUCAAAGUAUUCGAAAUUAUUCAGGUCCACACUAUCAUGUCAAUUGUUGGAAUAGUUCGAAAACAUUUAAUAACCGUCCUUAUCAAGUUUCCUUAUGGUGUGAAACAAGAUGUAUAUCAAAGUAUCGAGUACGAGACGGAAUAUAUGAUUGUCAAGAGUCGGAAGAAAAUUCCACUACUAAUAAUUCAUGUCCACAAAUUCAACGUCAUCGUUUACAAUGUUCAUCGUCCCAACUUUCAUGUCUAUUAGCUUCUGAAUUAGGAAACUGGAUGGCUGCCUGUUCCAACGAACGAGAUGAAUUUGACUAUGAAAGUGAAACAGUUCUAGCAAGAAAUAUUGCCUGUGAGCAACGUACUGAUCCAGGAUGUGUCUAUCUUCGAAAUUAUAUCCGAAUUUCAUCAUACACUGAUAUUAACAAAAUAACUAUUGCUAAUAAUUCUAUUCUCUAUGAUCAGUCGACAAAAAUAAUUCCAUUUCGAUCGUAUUGCAAUUCAUUUUUUGACAUCAAAUCAGGAAUAGAUGAGUCACCACAGUUUUGUAAAGAAUGGACUUGUUUCAGAAGCGAAUAUCAAUGUUUAUCUGGACAAUGUAUUUCAACAGAUUGGAUUUGUGAUGGUGAAUGGGACUGUAGUGAUGGAUCAGAUGAACAACAUAUUUUUAUUAUGGAUAGUCUCAACAAACAUAAUUCACAAUUAAUGAAUUUAACUCAAAUGAAAACACAAUGUUAUCAACAGUAUCGACGAAAUAAUACUCCCUUCUUCGAAAUUUGUAAUAUCACAUCUGAAUAUCCAUGUUUUCUAACUGGUGUUAGUGAUCCAUUUAAUUUUACAUCUAAUCGACCAUGCAUUAACUUAACACAAAUUGGAGAUGAAAAAAUAGAUUGUUUGUCAGGUCUUGAUGAAAGAAAUCUAUUACAAUGUUCAAAUCAUGGUAUGCUAGGUUUUCAUUUUCAGUUCGAUAAUAAUAUUUGCGGUGUAUAUCACAAACUAUGUAUUAACUAUCCGUGGAUACCAGGGGCCAAUGUAGCAUAUGAUACCGUGUGUUUUCAUCAAAGAAAACAGUUUAAAAACGGUACAGACAGCAAGUGCAAUGGAAUAAAGGAUGUGAUGUGUUUAAAUGAUGUUUGCUUGAAAAAUGCAAGAUGCAAUGGUAACAUCGACUGUCUUCAUGGCGAAGAUGAGUAUCGAUGCAUAUCACAAGGUAUAUCACAGUUAGAUUACAGAGAGGGGAAGAAAUCAAUACAAACCAUAAGAUUAAUGUUGCGGAGCUAUCCAUCGUUGAUAAAUUAUGUGCAUCAUUACAAUAGUACGCAUCUUGGUAUACCACUCAGUGUAAAAACAAGAAAUAAACAAUUGAGCAUUCGAAAGAAACCUAAAUCAGCUGAUAACAGAACAAUAGUAAAUGGAAGACGCGAUUCCACAGUUAAAACAGUUUAUGAAAUUGUUCGUGAUUCGCUACCAACUGGUAUGAUCACAUUUGAAGAACAUUAUCUUCCAUUUUUUUGUAAUCGGGGUGUUGCAGUUAAAUAUUACACAGAUAAUACUGUAUGUUUCUGUCCACCAAGUUAUUAUGGAUCUGAGUGUGAAUUCCACAGCGAUAGAAUUACAGUUGAAACACAUCUCGAUUUAAGUAAUUAUCGUGCAACUUCUGAUCAAAUAACAGUAAUAAAGGUGUUAGUAACAUUUUUAUUUGAAGAACUAAUAAUUGAUUAUCAUGAAUUUCACGUCAAUCCACAAAUUGAAAAUGAAAAUAAUUAUAUUAAACAAGGUAUCUAUUUUCUGUACCCACGCACGGAAACGUUUAUUCAAAUUAAAAACAAUAAUCGAAGUGGUACUCAAUUAUAUAGUGUACGAUUUGAAGCAUUCGAUCUGUAUGUGAAUGGAACAGUUGAACCGAUUGGAGUUUGGCAUUAUCCCAUAUAUUUCGAUUUUCUUCCUGCAUUUCGGUUAUCCAAGAUCUUGCGUUUUAAUCGGCCAAUUUCAUCGCAUCUCAGCGGUCCCUGUUACCAUAAUCUCUGUGGGAAGAAUGGAAUCUGUCUAGAAGUUAUCAACUCCAAUCGUUCAUCAUACUUUUGUUCUUGCAAUAGUGCUUAUUAUGGUAUUCACUGUGAAAACUACGCUGAAGAGUGUACGAAUUAUUGUUCGCUAGAAUCAAUUUGCAAACCAAAACAUGGUGGGAUAUUAACAGGAAAUCAACAACUGUUGUGUUUGUGUCCCAGUUCGACAUUUGGUGAUAGGUGUUAUUUAAAAAACCAUGAAUGUAAAGAAAAUCCAUGCAUGAAUGAAGGAAGCUGUGUAGUAGCAUAUGAUUUGACUGAUCCGAAGAAAUAUAUUUGUCUUUGUCCUGAUUUGUUUACAGGAGCUCAUUGUGAAUUUUCAAAACAAAUGGUGAACAUUGCAUUAGCAGUGUCCUUGAACUCUACAUUGCAAACAAUUGAUAUUCUUGCUGUAACAGUUAUGUAUAAUAAUUAUGACAAUGAAUCAUUACGAUUUGAUGUCCGUCAUCAACAAGUUUAUGAUGGUUUACCUUCACAGUUAAGGUUGAUCAACAAUGAUAAAGUUGACCCAUAUGUACCAAGAACAGCUAUUUUAAAAGUGUAUACAUCAAAGUAUCGCAGCGAAGAACCAGCAUAUUACAUAUUAUACUUUCUUCCGUUUCAAGAAAACAUCAAUAUUACAGUUUAUCUUACAUCAGAAAGGCAUUGUCCUUUAGUUAAAACAACUGAGAUACCGGGAUCGUCUGGCAAUUCUACACUAAACUCUACAACAGCCAUCUUCUACUAUCACCAUAUUUGUCGAGUAAAACAGAAUACUAACACAGUGUUCACUUGUUUUCGUGAUCAGAACUAUUUGUGCAUCUGUGAAGAUGAUCAUUAUCGUGCAGAAUGUUUUGGAUAUAAUCGUUUGUUAGAUCAAUGCUCUCUCUGUUUGUCGAAUGGUUACUGUCUUAAAGGCGAAUUACAAGAGAAAGCUGAUUACCUAUGCCUUUGCCCACGUUGUCAUCAUGGGAGAAGGUGUCAAUAUUCAACUGAAGCUAUGAGUUUUACUCUCGAUUCAUUGAUAGUCAAAGAUAUUCAAAACAAUCCUCGAUUGUCUACUGGUUUUUACAUUUUAAUUACAAUUAUCAUGUUUUUGUUUGGUUUUUUCAAUAAUUUCUGCACGUUUCUCACAUUCACUCGGCAAAAUCAACGAAGAGUUAGCGUUGAAAUUUAUCUACUCAUCAUCGCUAUUGUUGAUCAAUGUUCAAUGUUAUUCCUGCUGUUAAAAGUCAUACAUAUUAUUCUUGGCAGUAACGGCUCAUUAUUCCACUACGAAAAUCUCAAUCUCUAUGCAUGUAAAGUUCUUUCUUAUCUUCUAUCAGUCUUUACACGAAUUACCUAUUGGUUAACAAGUUUUGUAACAGUUGAACGUCUAUGUAUAGUUUUGUUUCCAACAUCUGUCACAGUAACGAAAUCGCGUCGGACACUGGUGUUGAGCAUUUGUCUUAUUUUCACAGUCGGUGUAAUGCAUGUACAUGAAGUGUUGUAUUAUACAACAAUUGUUGAUCCCUCUUAUACGUUUGUCAAUUUUACGCUCUGUGUCAGCAGCUAUGCACAAUCGUAUGUCUCAACAUAUAAUCGUGCUAAUAUCUUAAUUCAUUAUUUCAUUCCAUUUUUUAUUCAAUUUAUCUCGAUCACAGUCUUGAUAAUUCAAUUAGCUUGUAGUCGUGCUCGAAUAAGCGGCGGCAGUAGUCGAAAAUCAUUCGUUGAUCUAUUUAAAAGGCAAUUCAAAGAACAAAAGGAACAAUAUGCUACACCAAUGAUUAUAAUUCUCAGUUCACUACCGCAAGCUAUUCUAUCUUUUUCGUAUGCAUGCACUGAGUUAAAACAAUCAUGGCAACAAUACAGUCUGCUAACAGCUUAUUUUUUGUCAUAUUUACCUCAAGUAUUAGGCUUUUUUCUGUAUGUACUACCGUCAACAGUUUAUUCAAAGAAAUUUCGUCAAACAUUUAUUGGGAAGCGACUUAUGCGACAAGAGCGAGCAUCGGCAACUAGACAACAGAACCCUAAAAAGAACACAUCAUGA